AUGCCUUCUCUAGUCACAAAAUGGCCACAAUUUCGUUUAGGACUCCUGGAGGACAACGAAAUUUUUCGCAAUGCUCAAGCUGGCAUUCUCAUCUCGACGGAGAGUAAUCCGACCCUACGCCGCAACAGAGUAUUCGAUGGCAGAGCCGCUGGCAUUGAAAUUACCAACGGCGCAACAGCUACUCUUGAAGGUAAUCUGAUUUUCAACAACAAGUUUGGAGGGCUGUGUUUGGCGACGAACGUGAGGCCGAUGCUGAAGGACAACAAAGUUUUCGACAACAUAAAUGCAGUCGAGAAAACAGUAGCUAAGGGUCAGUGUUUGUACAAAAUCUCCAGUUGUUCCAGUUUCCCCAUGCAUGACUUUUAUCGGUGUAUCACCUGCAACACAACCAAUCGCAACGCUAUCUGCGUAAACUGCAUUAGGAUGUGUCACAGCGGCCAUGAGGUGGAGUUUGUUCGGCAUGACAGAUUUUUUUGCGACUGUGGUGCAGGAACUCUUGAGUUGCGUUGUCAACUUCAGUCUGAAAUUCGCGAUAACGACACUGUCUAUGACUCAGCGAUCCCUGUCGAAACAGAUACUCUGCGCGCAGCGUGA